AUGAAAGAGAAAGAUGAAAAAGAGGAGAUGGAAGAUGAUAGUGAGGAGGAACAAAAAAUCAAUAAAAAAAAUCAAACUCAGGAUGUGAAGAAGAAGAAAAGAAAGAUUGAAAAAGAAGAAGAUGGUGAGGAUGUCCAAGUAGUAGAAGCUAAUGAGCAAGAUAAACUAGUUAAGAGGCAACCUUAUCAAAGAGUACCUCCUACUCAAUUCAUGAAGGAUGUGUUGAUAAAUCUUUCGGAAAAACAAAAGCAAGCUAUUCGGAACAUUGGUUUUGGAGGCUUUUUGGAAUUGGAUUUACCAAUCCAUAUUAAUUCUACGUUGACAGAAAACUUGGUUACGAAUUUUGACACGGAGAGAUGUUGUUUGAUGUUAACAAAGAGAAAACAAGAAAUCUUUUUGGAGGCAAUUGAUGUUCAUUUGGCUUAUGGGUUGCCAUUGGGAGGCAAAAGGAUUGAGCAACCAAAUGAUGAGUCAAAUCUGAAAUGGAGCAAGUUUCUAAAAGCUUGGAGAAGCAAGUUUGGCCUCAAAAAAGUAUGA